UCUUCUCCAUCUCACAACUCUCUAUUCUCCACCAAAAACAGAUUCAAGAAAAAAAAGAAAAAAAAUGGCAAAUCUUUCUGUAUCAUUCUCCUUCAUCCUCUUAAUCGCAACUCUCCCAUGGACUCAAAGCCUAAACCCAAAAAAACCCGUAAUCUCAAGACACCUUUCUCAAAAACAGACCGUCACCAACAUCCAAUUCUACUUCCACGACACCGUCAGCGGGAAAACCCCCUCCGCCAUCAAGGUCGCCGAGGCCCCAACCUCCAGCAAAUCUCCGACCCUCUUCGGCGCCUUGUUCAUCGCCGACGACCCUUUGACAGAAUCACCCGACCCUAAAUCCAAGGAGGUUGGUCGGGCGCAGGGGCUGUACGGAUCCGCAGCGCAGCAGGAAAUUGGCCUAAUGAUGGCAUUAACCUACGAGUUUACCGCCGGCGAGUUCAAAGGCAGCUCCAUUGUUGUUUUGGGGAAGAAUUCGGUGAUGCAUACCGUUCGUGAGUUACCGGUCGUCGGAGGGACGGGAGUUUUCCGAUUCGCUCGUGGGUACGCAGAGGCGAGGACUUAUUGGUUUAACACUCUUGGUGAUGCCAUUGUUGGUUAUAAUGUGACAGUUAUACACUAAUUUGUUCUUCUAUUUAUGAUCAAGAAAUUGUAAAAGUAUCUAAUGAUUUUAUUAGAGAAUAUCUAAUAUUAUAGGACGAUCUAUAUUAAACAUGUUACUAAGAUGCAACUCUAUACUCUAAUGUUUAAGGUCCAUUUGUACUACAUUCAAAAAAUUUCUUUCUUUUUGGUCUAAUGGUCCCUUAGUUGAUUUUCACA